AUGCUGGGUAGAGGCGGUGCUGGUCGUGGCAAUGGCCCUGGUGGCUGGCCUAAUCACCAGCUUCCUCGUCAGCCCCGAGUCAGUCAUCCAUAUUUGCCCCAGAAUGUCCAACAGUCCAUUCAGCAUGUGGCUCCAGACCCGGCUAGGCAAGCUGCCAAUCGUGCUGCUUUAUUGGCUGCCCAGGAACGUGCUGCCACUGAGCCACAGUACCUUUCCGGGCCCGGUCAUCCUAUGGCUUUGGCUUUGCAAAUGAACCUCGGACAUCCCUUGCCACUUCCUUUGGGUCAGCAGCAACAGCAGCAACAGCAGCAACAGCAGCAUCCUGCUUUGUUGGCUGUCAACCCUGGGCAUCCAAUGGCUGCUGCCCCUCGCAGACAUAUCCCGAACCAGUAUAGCGGACGGGACCAGAUAAUCCUGAAUCAUCACGCUGUUCCUCCUCCUGCUCAUUCUGCAUUCGAUCAUCGUAACCGCCUUUCCCUCCCACCUGAUGAUUUUCAACCACCUGUUAUCCGUCGACCUCUUCCUCCUUCUGCUGGUUGUAAACCGCCUCUUGGUCCUCAACCACCUGCUUACAUGUUUCGACCACCUAGCCCCUAUAAGAAUAAUAAUAAUAAUAGUCAGCACCACCAGAGAUCUUCAUCAGUCUCUUCCACCUGGACAGCUAUGGAGAACUACGAGCGAAUUGACAAGAUUGGUGAAGGAACUUAUGGUGUCGUCUACAAGGCUCGUGAUCUUCGCCACGGAGGCCGCUUCGUCGCUCUCAAGAAGAUCCGUCUUGAACAAGAAGAUGAGGGUGUCCCAUCCACCGCUAUCCGCGAGAUCUCCUUGCUCAAAGAACUCAACACGAAUGAAAACAUCGUGCGUCUACAUAACAUCGUUCACGCCGAUGGUCAUAAGCUUUAUCUCGUCUUCGAGUUCCUUGACAUGGACUUGAAAAAAUAUAUGGAGACCGUCCCAAAGGGCGUUCCACUAGAACCUGGCCUCGUCAAGAAGUUCAUGUCUCAACUCUGCUCUGGUGUCAAGUUUUGCCAUGGCCGUCGUAUUCUUCAUCGAGAUCUUAAGCCACAGAAUCUCUUGAUUGACAGUAACUUGAACCUCAAGCUUGCUGAUUUUGGAUUGGCUCGCGCCUUCGGCGUCCCUCUUCGCACCUACACCCACGAAGUUGUUACCUUGUGGUACCGUGCUCCGGAGAUUUUAUUGGGUAGCAAACAAUAUUCCACGGGAAUCGACACCUGGUCCAUCGGGUGCAUCUUCGCCGAGAUGGUUACACGUCGUCCUCUCUUUCCCGGCGACUCUGAAAUCGAUGAGAUUUUCAAGAUCUUUAGUAUCCUUGGAACCCCAGAUGAUGCUACUUGGCCCGGCGUUUCUUCCCUCCCGGACUACAAAACAACCUUCCCACAAUGGGAUCGCAAGGAUCUCGCCACCCAAGUUAAGGGCCUAGACGAAGCCGGUCUCGAUCUGCUUGAGCAAACUCUUGUUUACGACCCCGUUGGUCGUAUAUCCGCCAAAAAGGCUUGCGAGCACGAAUACUUCUUCAGCUCUGACUUCGAUCAUCAGGGACAUCCGUCUUUGGUGCACCGCGAAUCUGAUUAG